UAAAAUUACUAUUGGACAAUAUCUGAGGUAGUUGUUCAUUCAUGUUCAAAAAUGAAAUGUUUAGGUGCAAACGGAUAGAAACUCUAAGGAAUAUGAGAAAUGAAGGACGAAGAAUGCUCAAAAUACAUCAUUUGGGCAAGUGUCACAACCUCUAUAGUAGCCUGUUGUAUUUUCUUUCUUAUGUGGCGAUAUGUCUCCCGCCGUCAGCGUAGUAGGCGGGAAAAUGGACCAUGCGUCUCUCAUCGACACCACUGCCAUGACUGUAUGCAGUAUGAAAGUUCUUACCGCGGUGAAUUUCCAAUAUCGCACAGGAGAAGGGAUAAUCAUGUAGAACAGAGUGUUCACUGCCGAAGUACUGCUGAAAAUGGGGUCCUUCCUUCACUUCGGACAUACCAGUCUCCUGUACUCCAUCCUAGUCCGGUACCAGCAGACGUUUUACCAACAGUAAACGAGAAUGUCUCACCAAUGUUUAUCAAUUCCUUUGCAGAACCAGAAGAACAUUUAAACCAUGACAUUCGAAGUCAAACUUUGAACGAUUUAGGUACGUCGUCUUCUUCUUGUGCGGAAAGUGGUGAAACAUCGAACCGCUUCACCAAGCCUUUCUAUUACAGCAAUGACAUGUAUACCGUUUCAGAACGAAGCAAAAUGAAAACUGUAGGAGGAAAACUUAUUGUAUCAGUGGCCCAUAAUGUUACGUCGAGUGGAGAUUGCUUGAUGCUCGAUGAUAUGGGUAUAUCCCUUUAUAUACCCCCAAAUGCGAUUCCAAUCGGAGAAGAAACACUCGUGUGUCUUGUUCUGAACUGGGAUCUAGGUGAUAAUCCUUAUAUGACAGAAACGGAGUCUCUUGUCAGCCCGGUGGUAUUUGUAGGGCCACAUGGACUUAAACUGCGGAAACCCUGUGAACUACGUUUUCGUCACUGUGCUUACGAUCCACGUCAUAUCGUUGUCAUGCGUAGUGAAACUGACCUUUAUGACGACAAAUCGUGGAUUGAAAUGUACAGUCAAGAAAAUCAAGAUGAUAAGUGUAGUCUUUCUUCAGAUGAAUGCAGACUAAAAAUCAAUACUUUUACAUUAUACACGUGCAUUCAAAGGCCACUGAGGAAUUUAAAAAUGGCAAAGUGGCUACAAAUUGCAGCUUUUUCUAACCCUCUGGAAAAACGCAUCGACCAUCAUGAGGUCAGGGUUUACUUUCUUAAUAAAACUCCUUGUGCUCUACAAUGGGCGAUUCAAAAUGAAGCACAGUUUCAACACGAACUAUUGUGUCCAGAGAAGGCGUUUCUAUUCUACGGUCAGGUAGAAGACAUCUUGGACGUAAGAGUGACACUGAAAUAUCUGUCUCCCGAAUGGGAAAGUAUAGAAAAUGACGAAUACGAACGUGUUCCCUACUUACAUAUCUGGCACGGGCAGUGUCCACAUAUAAGCAUGUGCUUCAAAAAGAAAGCUCAAUAUUCAGUUCGUGAGCUGAAUUUUCACUUGAACAUAUAUCAGGAAACCCUUGAAAAUGAGGGUGAAAAAAUUGUGGUGCAUGCAACGGAGGAAUCAAAAAGAAUAGUCGAUAAUACAUGUAUAAUCAAUAUUAACGCUAGUCAAAAACAUGAAAGCGUGGAGGUAAAUAGAACUAAUGACAGGGUAAAUGUGUCUGUAAAUUCAAACCAGUGUUAUUCAGUGGCAUUUCUAGAGGAAAUGUGUAAGAGCAACAAUUCUAGACAUUACAUUUCAUAUGACGUCAGAAAUCAACUCAAGAUCAAACUUGACCCCCUGACCCCUCUUGGAAAUGAUUGGCGCCGACUCGCAGAACUCCUAGAAAUGACCCAGUAUAUUGAGUACUUAAGCAGUAUUAAAUCCAGUCCCACCGAGGUCCUCCUAUGUGUAGCUGAGCAUAGCAAUAUCCCCCUUGCAGAACUAGCGACUUUGUUGAACAAAAUGAAGAGAUACGAUGCAGAGCGAAUUAUUCGGGAGUUCCUAUCUGAUCAAAAUCAGCUCGAUUUAGAUCAAACUGCAAGUGGUGGACAUCAACAUGAUGAACGAAAUGUGUCUCGUACGAACGAAUUUAGUUAUGUUAAUCUCUCGUAUAAGUAAUGUCAAAUAUAUAACUAAAGAAUAUGUUUAAUUGAAAUCAAGUAGUUUUAUUCAAGCUAGUCAAGAAUUUAGUCAAUUUUGUCCACAACAUUUAGCAAAAUCUAAUCAGACUCUGUUUUCAUUCAUCCCCAUAUUGCAUGCAAUCGUUUUUACUUAUAUUUAUGAAACUACACAAUGUUAAAGUUGAACACGACUCGUAAAUAUAUAUACGCCAUUUUCGAUAAUGCUUUUUACGAUAUCAGCACCGGGGUAUACUCUUUGCAUUCGUUACACCCGUCUGCUUUAUAAUUAUUGUCACGGGUUUGGGGGUGAAACGGCGACAUGUGUUCCUGUUGGUUAUCCUGCAUUACCUUUGUUUGCAUUCAAUGUAAGUUAUAUGUGUAUUUGUUUGUAUACUGUACUGACCUGUGAAACUGUUGUUUAGUGUCCUCAGUAUCUUAUUCUACUGCAUUAGAAGAAGUACAAGGUUAUUAUUAUAUUUGUUGCAGCCAAGUGCUGUAAAGCAUUCGUCCGUUUACACCGAUGACGACUGAUAACAAUGAACAUUGACUGAGCGGCUUUAAAUAGAGGCCCUCAGAUAUAGCGAGAGACCUAAUAAUAAUUUAUUUAUUUCAUGA